CAGUUGCAAGUUAAUUAUUUUUCACCACCGGACAUGACAGAUUUUCAGGGGUUAUUUGUUCAGCCUACAAUGAUGUCUUCGGAAUAUCUUCAACAAUAUUAUCCUAUGAUGCAACAAUACCGAAAUUUUGCUGAGAUUUCAAACCGAUUGUAUCCAGGACACCAAGUUCAAAGAGCAUCAACAUACUUUUUCACACAAGAAGAUCUUGACUUUGUGUUAUUUGGUUAUUCGUCAAAUGGAACUCCAGCACAUGCGCUGAGUGGUUUAAAAAUUGGCGAGAUUAGUCAUGGUGCGUUUUUUAAGAAGAACGGUAUAGACAGACUUUUAUCUCAUUCACCAGCCAGAUCGUUACCCGUAUCGUCAUGGAAACUUAAUAGAUCUGAACCACCUCCUCAUGAUCUCCCGGAAGAACUUUGUAUAUGUCCUAAUACGUUCAAUGGUAUUGUCCAUUACGGUGUUUUCAGCAGACAACAUUUGAUUAAAAAAGAAACAAAGUAUGGGCCAUUCAAAGGAAAAGUGGUGAACACAAGUGAAAUCAAAUCAUUUGACGAUAACAGUUAUAUGUGGGAGAUUUUCCAGAAUGGUCAACUAAGUCAUUUUGUUGAUGGUCGUGGAAGUACAGGUAGUUGGAUGUCCUAUGUGAACUGUGCUAGACACGCAGCAGAACAGAAUAUCGUAGUGAUUCAAGAUGGUGAUAAUAUUUUUUAUGAAACCUCAAGAGAUAUACCUGUCGGAACUGAACUAUUAGUUUGGUAUGGAGAUUCGUACUCACAAUUCAUGGGAAUACCCCUGACGUUGAAAGAUGGAAAUGAGGAUGUACCGAAAACACCGAUUGAACAUGAAAGUAAGGAAGGAUUCACAUGUGAAAGAUGUGGAAAAGUAUUCGCAUAUCAGUAUUAUAGAGACAAACAUCUGAAGUAUACAAAAUGUGUAGAUCAAGGAGACAGAAAAUAUCCAUGUACACUGUGUACGAGGUCAUUUGAAAAGAGAGACAGAUUACGCAUUCAUAUUCUUCAUGUACAUGAAAAACACCGACCACAUAAAUGCUCUGUUUGUGCAAAAAGCUUCAGUCAAAGUUCUAGUCUGAACAAACAUAUGAGGGUACAUAGUGGUGAAAGACCUUAUAAGUGUGUUUACUGUAGUAAAUCGUUCACAGCAUCAAGUAUUCUACGAACUCACAUACGUCAACAUUCUGGCGAGAGACCAUUUAAGUGCAAGUAUUGUGGAAAGGCAUUUGCAUCUCAUGCUGCACAUGACAGUCACGUGAGACGAACGCAUACACGUGAUAAAUCGAGUAAAUGUGGAAUUUGUGGUCUUGAGUUCAAAAAUGAAAUAGAACAACGACUUCAUAGUAAAACGCAUGAAACACCAUUUAAUGGAUGGAAGACACAGGAAAUUCAAAAAAAUAUGAUUGGCUUAGUGUAGAAAACGAUCCAAUGGAAACUCAUAUAGAUUCAAAUAGCUGUUAUCCAAUCAAAUGUAAAUUUCAUCAACGAGAAGCGAAAUGGGCGUGUUGUGUUAAUCAAUGACGCCAUUAUUGA